AUGGGAGGAAUGGUGGAAGAAGGGUUCAAGUCAAGCAAGAUCAUGAGCUACUCCACCAUAAAAGCAACCACAGAGGCAAUUCAAAGUGGCACCAGAAGCCUGUUAGGCAAAAAGAAGAAAUAUGAUGUCGCUAUGUUUAUCUCUAGGUCAUGGCGUGGCCCAGCGGGUUUGCCUCACCAGUUCACCCAACCUCGACCCCAACCUCAAGCCUACACCCAAGCUCCAUAUAAUCCACCCCAACAUUAUCUCCCACCACAAGAUCCUCAAUAUUCAAGCCCGGAGGCGCCAAACAUCAAUCAAAAACCUUUGCCGGCCAAUUCAGAGACACAUAUGAUUGAGAUAGUUCAUAAGAAUGGGGAGCCCAAGAAUUCUUCCAAGUCUGCCAUGAUGAUCCAAGCUAGAGAAAGUAAUCCAGUUAAAGAUCCAGAUUCUGCAAAAGAAAUGCCCUUGAUAGUUGAAGGGGUGUCGGAAAAGCUAAGCACGCGCAACGUGAAGCCAUCUGUAUUGGUUGUGAAAGGGCCUCCGAUUGAUGUUGAAGCGAACCAGGAAAAGUAA